UGGAAGACAUCGCCCUUCUCCAUCUGGCCCACUGCGGGCGACAAAUUCUCGAGAAUUUCCAGCAGACUUGCCAGUGACAGUUCUAAUUGCUCGUUCCAGAGAUCAGAAACAUCGGAGAAGGCAAUUUUAUUUACCAACCAAGAAAGCUCCUCCCCCGACCUCCGUUAGCUAAUUAAAAAAUUUCCGGGCACGUAACUAUCACGAGAUACUUGAUAACCAGAGAUGCUGUCUCCACCAUCUCCAACAUUGUCAUAAAGAAUUGCAUCAUUUUUCUUGAAGACAUUCCACUAUUGUUCAACCUGUCCCUGACUAUUGAAUCCUUUGGAGUUGAGUUAUGUCAACAGCUGCCUUAAUUACUUUGGUUAGAAGUGGUGGGAACCAGGUGAGAAGGAGAGUCCUGCUAAGCUCCCGCCUGCUGCAAGAUGACCGGAGGGUGACACCCACAUGCCACAGCUCCACUUCAGAGCCCAGGUGUUCUCGGUUUGACCCAGAUGGUAGUGGGCGUCCAGCCACCUGGGAUAAUUUUGGGAUCUGGGAUAACCGCAUUGAUGAGCCAAUUCUGCUGCCACCCAGCAUCAAGUAUGGCAAGCCAAUACCCAAAAUCAGCUUGGAAAAUGUGGGCUGCUCCUCACAGAUUGGCAAACGGAAAGAGAAUGAAGACAGAUUUGACUUUGCUCAGCUGACUGAUGAGGUCCUGUAUUUUGCAGUAUUUGAUGGACAUGGCGGACCUGCAGCUGCUAAUUUCUGUCAUACCCAUAUGGAGAAAUGUAUCAUGGAUUUUCUUCCUAAGGAGAAGAACUUGGAAACUGUGUUGACCUUGGCUUUUCUAGAAAUAGAUAGAGCCUUUGCGAGUCACGCCCACCUGUCUGCUGAUGCAACUGUUCUGACAUCUGGGACUACUGCAACAGUAGCCCUGUUAAGAGAUGGUAUUGAACUGGUUGUAGCCAGUGUUGGGGAUAGCCGGGCUAUUUUGUGUAGAAAAGGAAAAUCCAUCAAGCUGACCACUGACCAUACUCCAGAAAGAAAAGAUGAAAAAGAAAGGAUCAAGAAAUGUGGUGGUUUUAUAGCUUGGAAUAGUUUAGGACAGCCUCAUGUGAAUGGCAGACUUGCAAUGACAAGGAGUCUUGGAGAUUUGGAUCUUAAAAGCAGUGGUGUGAUAGCAGAACCUGAAACAAAAAGGAUUAAGCUACAUCAUGCCAGUGACAGCUUCCUGGUCCUCACCACAGAUGGAAUUAACUUCAUGGUGAACAGUCAAGAGAUUUGUGACUUUGUCAAUCAGUGCCAUGAUCCCAGCGAAGCAGCUCAUGCGGUGACUGAACAGGCGAUACAGUAUGGUGCUGAAGACAACAGUACUAUAAUAGUCGUGCCUUUUGGUGCUUGGGGAAAAUACAAGAACUCCGAAAUCAACUUCUCCUUCAGCAGAAGUUUUGCCUCCAGUGGACGAUGGGCCUGAUUGCUUGCUGGGACUUUUGAGUUUCUGUGCAACAGUUUUUCACUAAGUAUAGGGUGUCCCCCUCCCCAAAUAUAUACACAAAAAUGUGUAAUUAUAAAGCCAGUGUUUAUUCAAAUACAUUUUAUUUUCAAAAUGUAAGCACCCUGUAUACAUUUUUUGGGACACCCUGUAUAUGAAGAAAGUGAUUAGAUAAAAAAGUUGUCAACUGUACCAGAGUAACCCUGUGACUCACUAGAUCAGUACACAAGCCAGUGUAAACUUAGUAACCAUUUACAUAGCAGUUUAUCAGAAAUACCUGUCAUAUUUCUGUUCAACUAUACUCAGUAUAAAUAUAUGUGUAAUUCAGCUAUUGUGAGUCUCUAAGUUGAGUGAGCAUAUGGAAAGUGGUUUUGAUAUACUUGCUGAGUGUUAAAUUUCUAAUUUUAAAAACUCUUAGGCAGCUAUGGGUUUCUUUUGAUCACUUUUUUUUUAUCCAUUUGAACAGGUUCUUGUCUUCAAGUUCUUUAAUAGUAGUAUUUCAGUAGCUCCUCAAUGUGUUAUCAGCAAAUGUUUUAAUUUUUAAUAACUGUUCCAAGGAGUUAGUGUGAAAACUGAGUCCUCUAUUAUUAUAUUUUGUAUUCUGAACCACUUGAUUGGUAAAUGUAACAAUGCAAAAGAAAUUAAUUCAGAUAAUGUGACACUGCUAAAUUAUGUACAUAUUUAUAAACAGAGCACUUGUAUAUUUCAACUAUGUUACCAGGUUCCCUCUCCCCCAAUCCAUUCCUAUUCUGUAGCUGAGAAUAGUAUAGAGAUACAACUAUUCCUUCAUAUCAGAAAAGAAUGCACAAGCUAAGAGUCCUUUGGUCAAAGCUAUACAAAGUUAAACACCAAUGGUAGCAAGUAUCUUGUAUAAGUUUCAUUUGUUUUCUCUAACUCUUUUGUAUAUAGUAUGUUUAUUUCACUUUUUGUAUAGAGUAAGCAAAUUGGAUAAUUUGUCAGUAAUAAUACCAUAUUAACUGACACUGCUACAGAUAUAACUUGAGGUUUAUGUCUCCUUUUUGCUUAUUUCUAAGACUCAAGAAAGGAUAUACCUAAAACAUUCUAUAUUUCAGCUUGCUAUGUAAUUUAGGAGUAUAAAACUACUUCCUUAUAUUUGCAUGGAAGUUUGCUGUUAAAAUGUGAAUCUCUAAAUGUAUGUGUGGAAUUAUAUCUGCAGUUUAUUUCUGCAGGCAGUGUAAAUGUUACAUGUGUGAUUGUAUAUACAUAUGUAUAUUUUGGAGUAACAUAAAAUUUAAAGGGAACAAUCCUGUAUAGCUCCUUCAAGAGUUAGCUUUAAAUUAUUGAUAGGUUUGUACCUAGGGACCCUUGACAAACUGAGGGCGGUUUUAUAGCGAAGAACCAAUGGUUAUUAGCAAAUGAGGAAACAUUAAAAAUGGCUGUAGGAGAUAUUUUAUGGUGGGUAAGGUAUGUGGUAAACUCAGGGACAGAACCAGCAUGUUGAAGCUAUUUUGUUACAUGGUAAUUAGGAUAUAAAAUAGGAUGUGAGAAAAAUACUGGAUGUUAAGAAUGACAUGGAGUUUUGUGGUAAAAACAAAAGAAAAACCAAAAGAUGAAUUUGGUAUAGUAUGUAUCUACAACUCUCAGUUUCUAGGGUUGACUUUUUAUUCUUUCUUUAAGUUUUAUCUGAAGGCUUAUUAGAAGGCCCAACAUAUAUAUUAAUAUAAUUAAACUUAAAUCAAUUGCAUUUAAGGUUACCUUGCAUUUAUAUGUAGUAUAUAAAUCAUCUUUCUAAAAUGUGUUGCCAAACUUUAUUUGCCAAUUUUUAUUUGGCAAAAUUACCUUGAAAUUGUGAUUUUUCACAAGUUAAGAACCUUAUAUAUUCAAAAGCAAAUGCUAUCCUGCUUUCUAUCAGGUCUAGGUGUGUAAGUACUUCAAAGUCUGAUGCAUAUUUUUUUUCUAAAAAAAAAAAAAACAGAGUUCUGGAGGGAUCAGUUUUGAAUCUCUGUACUCUGAUAUGAACUUUUCUCAAGUUCCAACCUUUUAAAAAAUUACUUUGAGGAAUACUAGCACAUAAUCUAAAUAGAAAUUAUUAUUUUUUAAGUGGAAUUUGAUUUUUCUCUUUUUUUUUUAGAAUCUUGGCAGAGAAUGAGUAGACCUAUGCUAAUCUUAAAUACCAGACAGGACGCUUGGUUUCCUUUCUAAGGAAUGUACAUAGAGUUUGGCUGGUGUGGCUUAGUGGUUGAGCAUUGACCCAUGCACCAGGAGGUUGCCGGUUUGAUUCCCGAUCAGGACACAUGCCCAGGUU